GAAAUUUCAUGUCCAUCUUCUUCUCUUUAUCUUCUUUAUUUUUUAUGUGUAUACUACUUUUUAUUCACUAACAAAAUUGAUCAUAUAGCAUAUAGAUAUUAACAAGGCUUGCCAUGGCCGCCGAGCUCUCUGUAGUCCUACCUCGUGUCCUCAUCGUCUCUAGACGAACAGUUCGCAAGAACAAGUUCGUCGAUUUUGUUGGAGAAUAUCAUCUUGAUCUAAUAGUAAGCUAUGGAGCAGUCCCAGUAAUUGUUCCUAGAGUUACAGGGGUCCAUAUGUUAUUGGAAAGUUUUGAACCAAUUCAUGGAGUUCUUCUUUGUGAAGGAGAAGAUUUAGACCCUUCUUUAUAUGACGAUGAACCAGCUAAUCUCUCUGCUGAAGAAAUAGAAGAAAUUCGAAGACAACAUGCCAGUGACACAGCCAUUGACAAAGAAAAAGACAAUAUUGAGCUGAGAUUAGCAAAGCUUUGUCUAGAAAGAAACAUACCUUACUUGGGAAUAUGCCGAGGCUCACAGGUACUUAACGUUGCAUGUGGGGGAACUCUUUAUAGAGACAUUGAGAAAGAGCUUUCAAGAAACCUCCCUCAAAAUCAAAGGGUACUCCACAUUGAUUAUGAUAACUAUGAUGGUCAUAGGCAUGUUGUUAAGAUUAUUGAGAAUACCCCAUUGCACCAUUGGUUCAAGAAUUCCUUAGAAGAAUAUGACAAAAUGGAAAUUUUCGUCAAUAGUUAUCAUCACCAAGGAGUUAAGAAGUUAGCUCAGAGGUUUGUUCCUAUGGCAUUUGCAACAGAUGGUUUAAUUGAAGGAUUUUAUGAUCCAGAUGCUUAUAAUCCCGAGGAGGGUAAAUUUAUUAUGGGACUUCAAUUUCAUCCAGAGAGAAUGAGGCAAUCAGAUACUGAUGAGUUUGAUUAUCCUGGAUGCACCUUUGCUUAUCAGGAGUUUGUGAAAGCUGUAGUUGCUUAUCAGAAGAAGCUCUCUAGUUCAACAACAGUCCAAAACCCCAUAAAACUUAAUCAAGAAAUGGAGAAAAAGAGGAAAAUUAUAGUUAGAAGCUUCUCUCUUGCGAGGAAUAUAUAUGAAGGAGGCCAUCAAAUGAAUCCAUCUAAAGAAUCUGACUUAGAUGCUGGAGCAGAGUUCCUAGAGUCAAAUACAGCAUUGAGUAUUCAACAAGAGGAAAGGUUAAUUCAGAUGGGAGCCACUGUAAGAAAUGGAUCUUCCUACUUAGAGAGACUGAAGAUGAAUGAGGAGAGAGAGGGUAUAGCAAGAAAAGUAAUGUCGAAAAUGUCGGUGGAACAGUUAUCUGAUCUCAAGUCGUUUUACAAUAUGAUGGGACAAAUAUGUUCAGAAAUAUUAGAGAGAAAACUCCAAGAUAUUGUCAAUGAAGUUGCCUCUUGAAUUGAAGUUUGGAUCUUUCUGCAUGAGUUUUUGGUUCUAUGCUUUGUUGUCAAGUUUCUCUACUUGUCUUUUUGCUACAUCAAUGAAUGACUAUUUGUUUUUUUCUUUUCUUUUGCUCUUUUAUUGGAAUCACAUGUAUUGAAAUAGUUCAAAAGUAUAAGUUCACACUUUA